CGCGGAAAAUACUUAUAUAUAUAAUAAAUAUAAACAUUAUCAUAAUUAAAUUAAUAUAAUUAGUAAAUAAUAAAUAAAUAUUGCAGGUAUACACAGAUUCUGCAUAAUGUAUGCAGAUAACAAAGCUAAAAUUAACGAUAAAAUGAUAAAUACGAAACAAGCAAUUUUUAAUAAAUAUAUUAUCGUUCGACCGAUCGCUACUACACACUACUUUCACGUUUCGCAUAUAAAUGGAUGUCGAUUCGUAUAAGAUUUAACGUAUAAAUGAAAUUAUAAAAUUCGAUUUUUCGUCAAAUGUAAAAAAAAAAACAUUCGUUUCGUUUUCUUCGGUAAUUUAUGCUUUCAAUUUUUUUUACAACAACGAACAAUUUAAAAUGAUAAUCUCCGACUAGACCGUUCGUUCAAUUCGAUCAUGAUUAAUUUAACCAAUUACAUCAAAAUAUCGAAUGUUAAGACAAAAUUAGAUUUAAAAUGGACUGAUGUAGCGAUUCUUUAGUAAGAAGAUCGAUGAAGCGAAAUAACGAGGCAGAGGUGAGAGAGGCCAUACGAUAUUUAAAGAGAUCGUAGCUAAACGAAGAAAUAAUCCAAUAAUUAAUCAGACAGACGUAAAUAAUAGAUACGUUACGUGAACGAGUAAUAACGAGAUAACAGAUAAUGUAUAAAUAAUAGGAAUGAGUAAGAUAAAAGAUUAAGAGAGAAAGACAGGUGUGAAAGACGGGCGAUAGAUUGAUAGUUAGAUGGGCAAGGAAACGGAAAGAUAUAGAGUUAGAUAGCCGAGGAAAAGCAGACGAAUCAACACAGUUUCGAGAAUAUUGAAAAUCAGGUUUUUCGGGUCUAUGAAUCUGGUCAAGGUUCGAUACAUCAUCGAGGAUUCCCUUACAAAGAUAAAGGAGAAUGGCUAUAUAUCGGUGGCAGCGAAUCGCACGGGAUCCUCAGUAGAAGAUGAUAGAGGACCAGGUGCAUCAACAUCCGGUACGAUUACCUCCCGACAAAAACGCCCAUAUCGAUGUUACAUCCAAAUUUGAAAAUGAUCAAUGCAAAGAACCUUUACUUUCCGAAAAGCAAAUUUGCCACAGGAUAACGUCGGAGGAUGCUCGUUCGACCACUGGCUCGGAAUCAACGAUCGUAAACACAACGAUCAUGGGCACGAGUUUGGGCACAGGCACGACUACGGUGACGGUGACGGGUAUGGGGGGAGGAACGGGCACGAACGCAUGGAUGGACACGGUUGUCGGGGUUGACACCGUCGCCGAUCCCAACGAAAAAUCCGCGGAACAAGACCGCGUCGAUGUACCUAUAUUCGACGAGGGAACCACCGAUAGCGGCCGUCUUCCCGAUCUUGUCGCUCAGAGUAAAAUAUACGGUGUAAACGAAGAUGAACCUCUCGAAUCGUAUUUGGCGAUCACCAUUCAAGUUUUCAUACCGUUUCUUAUCGCCGGCCUUGGCAUGGUGGGGGCAGGAUUAGUUUUAGACUUAGUUCAACAUUGGGUCGUGUUCGAAAAAGUGAGCGAACUCAUCAUUCUAGUCCCAGCGUUAUUGGGUUUGAAAGGAAAUUUAGAAAUGACUCUUGCAUCCCGUCUUUCGACUCAAGCGAAUCUCGGCCAUAUGGACACGCCGAAACAACAAUGGUACAUGAUCGUUGGAAAUCUCGUCUUGAUUCAAAAAAUCAGUUCGUGUUGGCAGUGCCAGGCGAUAGUGGUUGGAUUUCUCGGCUCUGUGGUGGCAAUCGUAAUGGGAGCAUCUCGAAACGGUACCAUCUCGUUCGAUCAUGCAUAUCUAUUGUGCGCGAGCAGUUUGGUUACCGCAUCCCUGGCUUCGUUCGUCCUUGGAUUGAUAACUGCAGGUGUGAUCGUUUUCUCCCGACAUUGUCACAUUAAUCCGGACAACGUCGCGACACCGAUCGCAGCCAGUCUUGGAGAUAUCACCUCUUUGGCUUUACUCUCGUGGAUAUCUACGAUUCUUUACGAAUCAAUAAAUAAACAAGAUUGGGUCGCACCCCUCGUGAUCGCUUGCUACAUCCUGAUUACACCUCUCUGGGUAUGGAUCGCCAAGAGAAACAAAUACACAAACGAUGUCCUUUACUCCGGAUGGACUCCUGUCAUGAUCGCUAUGUUGAUCAGCAGUUGCGGUGGUCUGAUACUCGAAUUCAUGGUCUCGCGAUUCGAAAACUUGACCGUUUUCCAACCGGUGAUCAACGGCGUCGGUGGAAAUUUGGUAGCUGUACAAGCAAGCAGAAUAUCGACAGCCCUUCACAAACAAGCCGAACUGGGAACUCUUCUAAUUCCACCUGGUCACACGCAUCCCGUUAUCUUUAUUACACCUAUCGCUAACUUUUUUGGCAAAGGUAUGCACGCGAGAACAACCAGAGUUCUAAUGGCAAUGGUUAUACCAGGCCACAUAAUUUUCAUUUAUCUAAUUAAUUAUAUGAAGGAUGGCAACACUUCAUUAACGCCUCUCUUCGUUUUUGUUUACUUGUGCGCCGCCAUGCUCCAAGUUGCCGCUCUCCUGUACAUUGCGUACAUAAUGAUACAUUGGAUGUGGAAACGAAAAAUCGAUCCAGAUAAUUCGGCGAUUCCAUAUUUAACAGCGAUGGGAGAUUUAUUAGGCAUCAGUUUAUUAGCGAUUGCUUUUCAAUUUCUUUAUCUUGUUGGAGAUCAAGAUUUCGAUCGAACGAUCCCUCCCUAAAAAAUAUCUACAUACGUAUAUUUGCAUUCUGCAAAUAUUUCCCCGAUUCUUUUUUUUCCAACAACAUCCUAUCAUCGUUAUCGUUAUUGCUAUCGCCAAUGUUGUCGCUGUCAUAGUUUUUAUAAUUAUUAUACAUAUAUCGCCGUUAUAAAUAGAUAUAUGGUGCCAUAUUUUCUCUUUCUUCUCAUAAGCAAAAUUUAAAAAUAAUUAUUUUGUCAGCAUAUCUAAAAAGAUAAUAUACCUUUCCAAGAAAACGAAGCAAUACGUGCAAUUCGAAUUCAAAAUCAAUGCUAAAAUCUCAAAAUCGUACUUUUGCCAAAGAGGAAAGAUAAAAAUAUAUAUUAUAUUGUAUUAUAUUUUCGUGAUAAUUAAUUAAAUAUGAAUAUUCUUUCGUUAAAAA